AGGCAGAUGGUUUCACUACGCAUACCCGUUUGGGUGACCUUGCCAUGGAGGGAGUUGCUGCUGAUGAUGGCAUUGCCAGCGGUCUACGAGACUGCCUUUGGCAAGUGUGUCUUUCAGAGGAAUGCGUCAAGUCCCUGAAGACCUUGUCGGCGGCCAAGCAAGCCGAUGCGCUUGCCACCAUCAAGCGGCUGGCGGACGGGUAUCUGAAUUCCCCAUGGCAAGCAGACCAAAAGCUGGCCAAAGACGCAAAAGGCACAGGCAUGUGCCUUUUGCGCGCCGACUGCGAGUCUGGCAUCUUUGGUUGGAAGCCGGAAAUAGUUGUAGAUAUCGAGCAGUUGAAGUACCUCGAAGUGCUGGAGAUCUGGUUCUUUGAGUCAGACGAAGCAUCUGCAAAGAAAGCGGCCGCUGAGGUGGUCAAAGUGUGGCUCGAAUCCAACAGGAGCUAUGGGCGACUGCGAGAAAAACUUUCCAAGAAGAGGCAUGUCGAAGGCAAGAGAGAGUGGCCACGACAGUUGUGUUUCCAGGAUCUGGGGGAGCGGGAUGUGUUUCAGCUGCAGAAGUUCUUCCGGCUGUCCCCCGAAAUGGAGACCUGGAUCAGCGACACGGAGAAGGCAGGCGUGGAGCGGCGGGGUCGACUUCUCCUUCCAAAUCAGCCCACAUGAGGCUGAGCUCGUGGCAAGCCCUGGCCCUUUGGUGGUGGUGGGGCGAAGUGGCAGCGGCAAAACUCUGUGCUGCCUCGAGAGGAUCUGGCUCACCCACAGGAAGUGGGUCUACAUCAGCCGGCAAGGAGACGGGGCUGAAAGCGAGCUGCCGCGGCAGGUCUUUGUGACUCUGUCGCCGGCGCUGGCGGAGAAUGUGCGCUCCAACUUCGAGAGGCGGGCUGUGGCCAGCGGGCUUCCCGGUGCAGUCCCGGGAGUCGUCGAAGAAGAUCUUCCGGACAGCUUGGGCGAGACGCCGCAGGAGUCCUUCCCGCUCUUCGUGACCUUUGCAAAGCUGAUGCGCAUGCUCGAUGCGAGCAUCGGCGGCACGCCCUUCUUCCCCAGAUUGCCAUGCGGCAAAAUCGAUUCGAACCUUGUCACCUUCACCACGACUGGGCGGUUUCAGACGGGUGGGAUCGCUCGCGACCAUUUGCAGGAAAUCGACUUCAACAUCUUCCGCCAGCACAUUAUGCGCACGAUGAAACGCACAUCCCUAACAGCUGAGGUCCUAUGGCGAGAGAUACAGACAUUCAUCAAAGGCCAUCGCCUGGUGAUCGAGACAGAGCACGGCUACCUGUCAGAAGUGCAGUACUUCACGGAGAUCGGCAAGAAGAUGAAUUGGGCAAUGGAUGGCCGCGAGGAGGAGGCCUACGCACUGUUCCGGCAGUACGAGAUUCAUAAGAAGCGCUUGGGAGGAUUUGACCGCAUGGACCUUGCCGUGGAUCUUCUGAGACGUUUGGGGCGGCAUGGCUAUCAUGGCCCGCGUUUGGAUGACACCUGUGUGGAUGAGGCCCAAGACUUGAGCCAGGUGGAGGCAGUGCUGAUUAUGCAGGUGGUCAAAAGCCCAGAGAACCUGAUCUUUGUGGGAGACACCUGCCAGACCGUCUCCACGGAGACAGACUUCCGGUUCCAGGACCUGAUCAGCUGCUUCACACAGGUCUUAGAAGAGCAGCCGCCGAAGUUGAAGUCCUUGUUGAUCAAUUAUCGCUCUCACGAUGGCAUUGUGCAGGCCGCCAACAAAAUCGUUAAGCUGCUGGAGAUUUUGUACCCGAAAACCAUCGAUCGACUUGAUCCUGCCAUGGGCCAAAACCGAGGGCCGCAACCAGAGCGCAUCGGCCUCGAGGGUUUGCGGCGCAUCUUCCGCGAGUUGUCGCGAAGCUCCUCGCGCUGUUUGCUGGGCGCGCACCAGAUGAUCUUGGUGCGCACUGAAGAAGCCAAACGGCAGCUGCGCGAGGUGGCAGACAUGGAAAUUGGUAAUGUUAUUACCAUGGAUCAGCUGGGCACUUUGAUGAAUGAGGUGGAGGCCAAAGGCCUGGAGUUUGAUGAUGUCAUCGUGGCCCGCUUCUUUCAAGAUUCGCAGUAUUCCGAGUGGAGCCGGUUGAUGCGGAGAGCUGCAGCGGGCCGUGACAAGCAUCAUGUGUUUGAGAAUCAGGAUGGCUUGGCCUGCAUGGAGCUGAAGAGGUUCUAUGUGGCUAUGACGCGAGCCAAGAAGAGAUUGCUGUUUUAUGACGACAGCAGCUCUGCAACAGCCGUGAUAGAGCACCUGGGGGACACCAUGGGACAGAUGACGGAGGAAGCAGUGCAAGAGCUGGCAGCCCGCGCGCAACAGCAGCAGACUUCCGAGCAGUGGGACCAACGAGGCUGUGACUUCAUGCGCGCCCAGAACUUCAAGCAAGCCUUGCAAUGCUUCCACCUCUCUGGCAAUGUCCAGGGUGUGCAGAGGUGCGAGGCCUUCCUUAUGAGACAGGAAGCGGAGGCUAAGGACGACUUGGGGCUUUGGAGGCAGGCAGGCCAGCUCUUUCAGGCGCUGGGCGAAAACAGGGAGGCGGCAGACUGCUUCUUGAAGGCUGGAGAGAUGGCGACCGCAGCCACGCUUUUCCUGGCGGUGGGGCGGUUCAAGGAUGCCGCUGGCGCGUGGCUUGAGGGAGGGAAUUUCAUCCAGGCUGGCAUGCUCUUUGCCAGCCAGCUGCAAAGUGCAAGGAAGGCGGCGCAGUGUGUCGUCGUCAUGUGCGACAUCUGUUGGAAGCAGCCAAGAUCAGCAGAGCUGACCACGGAGUGGCUCAAGCAGUCAGGGCGCAAGCAGGGCUAUGAGGCUUUAUGCGAGCUCCGCAGGAAGGAUCCUGAUGAGAUCAAGGAGCAGGAAUACAAGAGAGGGCCGGCUUCAAUGGAGCUAGUUGCAGAAGCGACUCGCGUGGCGCAGGAAGGGGGCCCUGCAAUCAAAGGCCAGGUGGCCUGUUGUUGGAGGCAGGUCGGCCUGCACAAGGAGGCGGCUGAACUGUGGCGAGCUGCCGCGACAGAGUCGGAAGAGUUGACAGCAAGUCGCGACUUCUUUAUGAAGGCUGGCGAAGCUUUUGUCAGCUUCGGCCAGCAAGACGAUGCAGUGGCUUGCUUCGAAAACGCCGGCUACAGAGGCCACAUCCGCGCAGCGGAGGAGCUAUCAGGCACAGGCUCUCUGCAAAGGGCAGUGGACCAAUACGAGCAGGC